AUGAAAAUGCAGUAUGUAUGUUCUGAAUGUGGCAAAUGUUAUACAAGCCAGAAAGGUCUUUUUCCACAUGCCAACAUGCAUAUUGAAGAAAAAUCUCAUUGCUGUUCUGAAUGUGAGAAACGAUUCUUAAAUUUAAGCGUACUUCAGUGCCACAUCAGAACUUACACUGGAGUUAAACCUUAUUGUUGUCCUGAAUGUGAUAAGCAGUUCUCACAACAAAGCACCAUAAAGAGUCACAUCAGAUGUCACACCGGAGAGAAACCUCACCUUUGCUUGGAAUGUGGCAAACAAUUCUCACACCUUAAUUCUCUGUAUAAGCAUACAAAAAGUCAUACGGGAGAGAAGCCUUACAGUUGUACUGAAUGUGGAAUGUUAUUCUCAUAUAACAAUUCUCUUCACAAUCAUAAAUUAAUUCUUUCUGGUAAGAAACAAAGCUGUUCUGACAGUGGCAAGUUUUUCUCAGACAGCACGACUCCUAAAGAUCACAUGAGAAUUCACUCUGGAGACAAAUCUUAUUUCUGUCCAGAGUGUGGCAAACGAUUCUCACGUCCAAACGCACUUUGGUGCCACAGAAGGAUCCGCAUUGGAGAGAAGCAGUACACCUGUUCUGAAUGUGGUAAAGGGUUCUCUUCCAGAAAAAGGUUUCAGAGACACACACAAAGUCAUAUUGGAGUGAAGCCUGUCCCAGAAAUGACAAAUGAUCUUUCCAUUGGAACCUCAGGCAAAAAAAAUGAAGAAAAAUCUUCUGAAUGAGGUAAAGGUCUCCAGUUGAAAGUAGUUAAUAAAUACAUAAAAAUAGUGGAGAAAACACGGAAAGUGGCAAGAAGAUCCUAGAUGUAAGGUAACCUCAGUGCCACAUAUGAAUGCACACUGGAAUACAACACAUUUCACAAACAGCAAGAAUCUUCUUUAACAACUUAUAGGUGUAAGAAAAAACCUCAUUGUUGUCCUAAAUGUGGUUAAUGCUUUUCAGACAGCAGUGGCCUUCAUAGUCAUAAAUGACUGGUUUACUUGUGGUAAGCCUCAUAGCUGUUCUGAAUGUUGAAAGUGGUCCUCCUGUAUCAGCCGUCAUCAGCAACACAUAAUAUUUCAUGAAAGACUCAUAUACCGUUAUGCCAGGACGUCAGCCAUUCAGUGACUGAUCAUCUCUGCACCGGUGCUGUGACAUAAGAUGGUGAACAAUACAAACACCAGAUAACAGAAUGAGGUAGCA